AUGAAUAACAACAAUUCCCUUCCUUCUCAACAGUAUUACUCUCAAGAAGUGUCAGAGCUGUCAAUGGAUAACUCUCAGCAACAACACGUUCCCUCACCACAAUCUCAACAGCUGGAUUCCGCAAACUUUGCUAAUCAGCUGAUAAAGAUCGAACAUGAGUCACAAUCUGGUGAUAAUACCUCUGCAGUAACAAAGGAGACUGAUACAAAGAAGAAGAGAGCAGGUCCUAAAAGAAGAAAAGUUACCCACGGUAUUGAAUUCGUCUUAUUCGUUGCCUUUUCCAGAAAUCUCACAAUCUCACUAAUUGAUCCAAAGCUUAACUGCGAUCCUAAACAAGGUCGCCCUUGCCAACGUUGCAUAAAAAGAAGCAUAGGACAUCUUUGUCACGAUGAACCAAAAGGUUCUCACGGUCCUCAACAAAUUG